UGUUGAGAGGUGGAUCUGGGCUUGGCUAGCGAUUCAUUGUGAGUUGUGGAGCUGGGAGCUCUGGGUGUGGAGCUCUGUUGCUUCAGGCAUUAUCAGGAAUAAGAGCAGCGAAGGAGAGUGGAAACCUCACUGCAUCUGGACACUCGCCCAAUUGGCAUACAUGGCACAGUGAUCCACAGACACCAUGGGCGCAGCUGGCAUUGCAGUAAUCCUCUCUGGGAUUCUUGUAGUGGGUGUGUCUUGGGCCCAACGAGAGGUGGCCAUCCAGCCAGGGCCCCUAUACCGCACUAUGGGCUCCCAGAUCAGUAUCUGGUGUAAGGUGCGUGGCUACCAAGGCCCCAGCCAGCAGAAUUUCAGAUGGUCUGUAUACCUGCCCUCUGCUCCAGACCGGGAGGUACAGGUGGUCACCACUGAAGAGGAUCCUUCUUUCUCCUACGCCAUCUACAGCCAGCGUGUUCGGAGUGGAGACAUCUACGUGGAGAGACUGUCGGGUGACCAUAGCCUCUUACAAAUCCGUCAGCUGCAGGAACGAGACACUGGAGAGUAUGAGUGCCACACACCAAACACCGAUCCAUCAUUCCACGGGAGCUACAGUGCCAAGGUCAACCUUGUAGUGAUCCCAGAUACCCUGGUGGUCUCCUCGACAUCGCAGCACAUACAGAAGGUGGAGGGAGGCUCUCUGCAGCUCUCCUGCAACAUAUCACGCCAGUCUGCUCAGCACACCCACCUCUCUGUGUCCUGGUAUCGGAGGGCUGGAGAGCAGACAGAUGAGAUUGUCUCCCUGACGCGGGAUUUCACUCAGCAGCCCGGCCCGUCCUUUGCACAGCGACACUCGGUGGGCGAUGUCCGGCUGGACAAACUGGGCAGCGACACCUUCCGUCUCACCCUCUAUAACCUACAGACGUCAGACCAAGGGGAAUUUUACUGCCAGGGAGCCGAGUGGAUUGAGGACCCAGACGGAUCAUGGUUUGCUAUGACGCGAAAGCGGUCUGAAGGCUCGGAUGUCACUGUCCAGCCCACAGAUAAAGAAUUUAAUGUGCGCUUGGAUACUGACCGCCGCACAUACAGUGUUGGGGAGACUGCUGAACUCCGAUGUAUUAUUGAGGCGCAGAACCCUGCCGAACGUAUGUUCUCUGUAUCCUGGGCUUUCAAUAGUUCUCUGAUCGCCAGUCUUAGUUCUGGGGGAGUACCUGCCCUGACUGGGGAAUAUGCCCAGCGAGAAAACCGCGGAGAAAUGCGCGUGGCAAAGGACACAGACAGUAUCUUCUCUCUUAAGAUCUUCCGUCUGCGUCAGGAAGAUGGUGGAAAGUACAACUGCAGAGUAACAGAACGAGAGAGAACAGCAUCAGGGGAGCUGACUGACCGUGAGAGCAAGAGGCCAAAAAACAUUCCCAUCACCGUGCAGCCGCUGAGGACAUCUCUCACUGUGACCGUGACCGCUAACUCCAGCUCAGUGUUAGAAGGAGCCCGCAUCUUCCUCACCUGCUCCGUUGCCUCUCUGUCUGGACCUCACAGUCGUAUCUCUGCAUCCUGGCAUCUGCUGGAUAAACAAAACCGCCAAAGAGAAGUGAUCCGACAGGAGCGUGAUGGUGUCAUGUGGGCAAGCGAGCUGUACCGUGAGAGGUCGGCCUCUGGAGGGCUACGGAUGGUGCGGACGGGCUCAGACAUUUUCACCUUAGAAUUGGAGAGCAGCCAGAGAUCAGACUCUGGUUCAUAUGAGUGCCGCGUGGCUGAGUGGGUAUCUGUGGCAGAAGGAGAGUGGCAGAUGUUGGGUGAAAGGGCAGCGCAGUCAAGCGUGGAGGUGACUGCUCUCGAGUCCGGCUUUGCUGUCACCGCUAUCUCCCGCACACCUGGAGUCACCUUUUAUGACUCCUUUGACCUGCAGUGCAUCCUGAAACCACACUACCCAGCCUGGGUGGGCAUCGCCAUUACAUGGCGCUUCCAGCCUGUAGCAGGAGGGGACAUCCAUGACUUGGUGACCUUUAGCCGGGCUGGUGGAGUCCAGUGGGGAGAACGUGCUGGAAGUUUCCGUGGUCGCAGCAUUGUUGAGAAGACAGACUCCAGUCACAACGUGCGCCUGAGUGUCAGCCGUGCCAGUGAGUCAGAAGCCGGCAAGUACCAGUGUGUAGCGGAACUGUAUAGGAGAGAGUAUAAUGCCAGCUGGACAAGGCUUGCUGAACGGGCGUCCAAUCUUCUGGAAAUCCGAGUCCAGCGUCCAGUGUCCCGUCUGCAGGUCAGUAAGGUGAAGCGCACACUAAGCAUGCUUGAAGGUUCCUCUGCUUCUCUCACAUGUUCUGUGCGAGCACAGACCAGCCCAGACUCACGUUUUUCAGUGUUAUGGUUCGCUCACCGCCCUGCGGGUGCUGAUGGUAAGCUGAUUGUGCGCAGUGCAGCAGGUACAGAGUAUGGCAUGUAUCCAGAGGAAGCCGAUUUAAAGAACCGUCUGCAGCUGGAGGUGCCCUCGGCUGGACAGUACACUCUUAACUUGCUAGGAGCGAGGCCUGAGGACAGCGGAAGCUACUAUUGCCAUGUGCAGGAGUGGCUGAUGGAUCCGAACCAGGCCUGGUACAUUCUGUCAGAGGAUGCAUCAGGGCUGACGGAACUGAACAUAAGAGUACCAGAUAUCAACUUGCAGUUGGACCAGGUCAUACGGAAUAUUUCCGUCCUGGAAGGGGAAAGUUUUACUGUGACCUGCCACGUGUUGAAUCGGACCCUGCCAGAGUCUCGUUUAUCUAUUGAGUGGCUGGCCUGGCGUGCCACCGAGCCUGAGAGAAGGACCAUUAGUAGGAUGACACUUGAUGCGGUUACUAUGCCUUCGCCAGAAGAGGAAGAGAGUGGUAGUCUGGGCCCCGAACUACUGAAGCGCUUGCAGCUGUCGCAGCCAUCCCCUGGGAUGUACACCCUCACCCUGCACAGAGCUAUGGAACAGGACAGUGGUGCCUACAGCUGCCAAGUACAAGAAUGGCUGCAGGAUGCAGGAAGGCAGUGGUACAAACGAGCUGAAGACCGAUCGGGAGCCACCUACGUCGGUGUGCGUAGACCAGAUCCAGCACUGGGGCUUGAUGUAGCGCCCCUCAACAUCUCAGUGAUGGAAGGCAGUCAUUUUGAGUUAGACUGCAUUAUCUCUUCUCGUUCACGCCCGGACUCCCAGCUUGCGGUCUCAUGGACCCUCCUAGGCAAAGCUCGUACGGCUGUACCAGAGACCGUGCUAACAACUGAUCGCUCUGGGGUGUGGUCCCCACUUGCUCAGCGCUGGGAGGGACGUCUGCAGCAGGUCCAGCUUUCUCCCACACUUUACCGAUUGAGGAUUCCCCACGUGGGCUCAGGGGAUUCUGGGAAUUACUCGUGCUCUGUCCAGGAGUGGCUGCCUGGACCACGUGGCGACUGGUAUCUUUUAGCUCAGGAAGAAGCUCUCACAGGCCUGGUCAACGUGCAAAGCAAAGAGUCCACACUGCAGACGGUGAUCUGUUCCAACGAUGCACUUUUCUACCUGGUCUUCUUUUACCCGUUCCCCAUAUUUGGAAUUCUCAUCAUAACCAUCUUGCUGGUGAGAUUCCGUAGCCGGCCAUCAAGUAAGACGGGUGAAGGCAAGAAUGGAGUUCCCUUACUGUGGAUUAAGGAGCCCCACCUUAACUACUCUCCCACCUGCCUGGAACCGCCAGUUCUAAGCAUACAUCCUGGGACCAUUGACUAAAGACAGCAGAUUUAUGGUGUUUCUUACUGACGUUAAUCCCAUGAUGUGCCAGCUCAUUUCAGCCAGCGAGAGACAAAUAGUAUUGGGUGUAGGAGCCUUCCACCCAUCGCUGGCAUUAUCGCCGUGAGGCAUGGUGGCAAUUCUCUUGUGCUGCUAAGGAUUCUGGGUUAUAGGCCAUCUUUUUUGGUAUACAUGAGGCCACUUAUUGACAAGGUAUCUUCCUUUUUCAGCAGGUGUUAAUCCUGCAUGUAUCACGGACAUUCAGCAUGUGGCAAGAGGUUCUAGGAGAUUUUUCUGAUUCCCAACCCCCAUCCCCACUCUGGUAGUGGGCAGAUUAAUUCCUACUGCAGCAUGGAGUCACCUAAAACACCUUGUGAACAGACAGUGGGCCCCACUUGGAGUGAAUAAAACACAUUGGUCAUGUCUGUCGGCUUCCCAGCCAAGUGACUGCCUUUUAUGUAUAUAUUUAAUAGUACUGUACCAACGGUGUGCUUCCUGUCCAAUGGAGGUUUUAUUUUAUUGUUUAUUUUUUUUUUUUACUUGCUCAAUUUUAACUUUUUAUCUUUUAUUUGCCUGUGUAAAGUUUUUAUGUAAAAACCUUGUUUGUUUUUUUUACCCCAAAUUUAUUGUGUAUAUAUCGUAUGUGUUGCACUGUGGGAUUGUGGGUAAUGGCUGAUCAGCUGAUGUCCUGUUCCGAUGAGCCAGAAAGCCCAGUUCGGAGCAAGGUGCCUGGAUAAUGCACUCUAAGAGUGACACGUCUGUUUUCGUAGUCUUCCUUUGGCCUUGACUAGAGGGCGGCCAUCUUGAGCCCUGUCAGAACAAUAACUUUUUCAGCACAUAAUAUGUGGCGAUUCAAGUUCGUACAAAUUCACACAUUUCAUUUUGUGAGAUGUAUGAAAAUAUUUAUUGAAUGGGUAUUAUUAUUAUUAUUUAAAAAAUUUUUUAACUACUAACCAAUUAUCUACCUGCAAUGUCAUCACUGCCCUGGUGCUUUUACUGACAAAGAAUUUGGUUAUAGUUGCCCCCACCCCGCACCAUGGCCCAUCUUUGAACACUCCGCUACACCCACUAAUCCCCCAAUUUUGUGAUUUGUUGCACUGAGCUUGUUUUAUAUGAAACAUUAUUUGAGAACAGUAAAGUUUGUGUCUGUU